AGAUCGAGGCCAGUGCAUUAUGGAUCGACUGGUUUGGCUUUCGCUUUGCAUUUCACUGGGAUUGCACCUCCUGGCCACUCUCACCACUGUCGUCGAUGGCCUACCAUUCGAGGACGGCAAUAACAAUAAUGUCAAAAUCACACGCCGCAGUCUGGAGCUGACCCAAACCAUCAAUAUUCAGCGGCAGGAGUACAUGCAGAGGCAAUGCGAGCUGCUGGGAGAGAACACGCAAACGCUGGAAGACCUCAGCGAGCUGCAGAUGGACCACAUGAUUGUGGACAAGGAGCACAAGCUCCUCUACUGCUAUGUGCCCAAGGUUGCCUGCACAAAUUGGAAACGGGUGCUGAUGAUGCUCACGGGCAAGUGGCACAAUGGAACCGAUCCUCUCCUGAUUCCUGGAUCCUUAGCCCACUCGGUGGGAAUGUUUAGCAAGCUAUACGAUUUAAGCGAAGCCGAGCAACGGCAGGUGCUCAGCGAGGAGUAUACACGUUUUAUUCUCGUGCGACAUCCCUUCGAGCGGCUACUCUCCGCUUAUAGGAAUAAAUUGGAAGGGGAUUCCCCCAGUGCACGCUACUUCCAGUCGCGUGUAGGUCGCCAGAUCGUGAAGGAACUGCGGCCCGGAGCCAGUAAUACUUCCCUUGAAAACGGCGACGAUGUCAGCUUCGGGGAGUUUGUCCAAUAUCUGCUAACUCCGGAACUGAGUCGUGCCAAUCAAUCGGAUUACAACGAGCAUUGGGAGGUGAUAUCCAAGCUCUGCAAUCCUUGUGUGGUGAAGUACAACGUUGUGGGAAAAUACGACACACUGCUGGACGACUCCGCUUUGGCAUUGUACCUAGCUGGAGCCAACAAUUUAACAUUCCCCACUGGCCACAAGCCGUCGAGCACGCGGGCUAAUCUGCGGAAGUACUUCGAUCCCCUGCCAAUCGGUGCCAUACGCAAGCUGUACGAGAUCUAUGAGGAGGACUUCCGUCUCUUCGACUACGGACUGGAUGAUGUUCUCGGCUUUGAGUUCGGCUGAUUCCAAACCAUUGCUCUCUCUUAAUUUCCAAGUCGCCACCAUAACGCUUUCCACUGGAGAAGAUUGUGAUUUUAGGCUAGAAUUCGUAUAAUUAAGAGCAGUUCAGUGCGAAUAUUAAUUUAAUAGUGAUUACCUCCCCG